AUGAGUACCUCUGCCGCGGGCGUCGAGAAUGCGAAGAAGCGCUGCAGCCACGCUGGUCUCUGCGCAAGGUUGUGGCAGGGCCUGAGCGGCGUGGUGCACAGAGCGCUCGCAGUGCUGGUGGUCCUUCUAACUUUGAGCGUGAUUGUAGCCGCCAUCGCGGGCGGUGGCAAGGGGUCCCUCAAAGAGUGCGAGGACAAGGUGGACGCUUACGUGCGCAUGGGGCAUCUGGACGCCGCGGAGGCGGCAGAAGCGCACCGCGGCAUCUUCGCCGUGCAGGUCGUGGCCAUGGCGCUUACCGCGCCAACCGCGUUCAGCUUGCUCGCUUUCGCGGCCACGAGUCACAUGUGCAGAGUUGCAGAGUACGCGGCUUGUCUGUGGUUGGAUUCGACCGCUGUCGCGGUGUACAGUUUGCUCCAAUGCAACGGUCUGAACGGGGAGCUGUUCGCCAUAUUGAGCUCUAAUCUGAUCCCCCUGAGCAUGGCACUAUUCUGGUUGCUGCUGCUGCGUCAGGUCAGGGCCCUGGAAAGAAGUUCAUGUCUUGAUCUCGGCUCCCUCCGCCUUCGCCGAAGUAUCGUGGCUAUAACAAUAUUCGGCACGUGCGCGUUCAUCUGCAGCAGGUUUGCGCGUGGACCUUCGGGCCAUCCCACGCGAAUCAUAAUGGGCACUUUCGUCUGGCUUGUAGUGUUGUCGUGCGUGGUGGGGAUGGUCGUGUUCAUGCGCGCAUACUGGUGUGUGCUGGCGAUGGCGCGCGAGACGCAGCGGCGAGGGGUGGCAACCGAGGAGACCCGAAACGUCCCUCGGUUUCUGAUAUUCCAGAUGGUGGGAUCGUCCAUGGGGAUUGUGAGUUCCUUCGUCGCACACUUGAGCAAAAUGUGGACAUCGGACCUCUCUUGGCCAAUCUUGGGGCGUCCCGUGGACGAGAGGACGCCCGAAUUCUUGAUCGCGGUGCAGGGUGUAAUUUUGGUCGACACUACGCUGAACGCCUUUGCCGCCCUGGCCCUUAGUGGAGCUUGCUUCGGGGCACUCCGUGGAGGCUUGUCCACGACCCGCUCGGAGCGUCAGCGCCAGCGCACUUGGAAACAGUUUUCCGCGGAGUGGGAACCACGUGGCGAUAUGGACUGGAACGCCAAAGUCGAGGAGUUGGCCGGCAGGGGCUUCACGCUGCAGGCGCUGCUGGAGUUCUAUUGCAGGCUGGGCAACGACGUGAUGCCGUACUUCGACCCAUGGAAGCACACCACGGAGGACGUGGUCCGAGGCGCCAUCAUUCCGCUGUCGGCAGAACGCAAAACAUCUAUGGCUGAAAUCAUGAUGCACCACAGCCCUGUGCAGCCCAACAAGAUGGUGACUCACAACUGGGGGAACAUAUUUACCGAUUUGAUUGCGGCUAUUGUGUCAGAUGCUCUUUCCGAGGUGGAGUAUUGCAAGGUGUCGACCCUGCUCAUUCACGACAUCGACACCCUCAUGAGGCGACAAAGUGUGGCGUGUGAGAUGAACAAGUUCGAUCAGCUGAUGAUGUCUCUGUCAGCUGGCAACAGUGAGUUCGCCCAGGUGGUUGCAGUUGACAAGCGCUUCGACAUUUUCAACCGGGCUUGGUGCGUGGCCGAGAUUGCUGCCGCCCACUCAGCAGGCAUGUCCCAGUCGCUACAGCUGCCGUCCCUGGCCCACCUGGAGAAAAAUCGGGACGGACUCGUCGACCUGAAAAUCAGCAGCGCGCAGGCCAGCAUGCCAGAGGACAAGGAGGUGAUCUUGGGCCGCAUCCCAGACCUAGACGCAUUCGACCGCAGUUUUCGAGACUUGAUGUUCGGGCAGCUGCUCCCGUCUUGGUCGAGGCUCGACUCGUGCGACCACAUGCUCCAGGCGGGGCGAAUCGCUCGCUGGCAGAGCGUCGCGCAGAAGCAUUCUGCUGUAGCCUGGCACUUUAGAGUUGAUGACGACGAUCUAGACUAG